AUGUCUGACAAACUUCACAACAUCAAGGAUCAGACCGAUUCCCUUUCGAUCACUGAUCACAUUGAUGAACAGCAAAACAUCUUGAACGAUCCUAACACCGACAUCAAUGACUUAUUGUUCCAAACUGACGGUUGGUGGAAAUACGGCCAUUUCAGAAAGUUGCAUUUCAUGAUUGCCUUGAUUGCCUUGGCCUCCACCAAUAAUGGUUACGAUGGUUCCAUGUUGAACGGUUUGCAAGCUAUUCCCGAUUGGCAAACUACCAUGGGUACGCCAGAAGGGUACAAGUUGGGUUCUCUUGCCAACGGUACCAUGUUCGGUUCUAUUAUCGCUGUCAGUUGUGCUUCUUACCUUAACGACAAGUGGGGAAGAAAGUUCGGUGUUCUCUUCGGUUCUAUUAUUUCUUUUAUAGGUGGUAUCUUGCAAGGUGCAUCUACUAAUUACGCUUUCUUCUUGGUUGCAAGAAUCAUCAUUGGUUUUGGUGUCGGUAUUGCUUUGACUGGUGCUCCCGCUUGGAUCGCUGAACUUUCUUUCCCAUCUUACAGAUCAUCUUGUACUGCUGUCUUCAACACUUUGUGGUAUUUGGGUGCUAUUCUUGCUGCUUGGAUUACUUUUGGUACCGAGAAAUUGCAUGGGCCAAAGGCAUGGAGAAUUCCUUCCUACUUGCAGGCAAUCUUGCCAGGUAUCCAAGUUUUGACUUUGUGGUUCUGUCCUGAGUCUCCAAGAUGGUUAAUUGACAACGGUAAGGAAGAGAAGGCAAGAUCAGUUCUUAAUGCUUACCACACUGGUAACGUUGACGACGAAAGAGCUCAUGCUUUGGUUGAAUUCGAAAUCAAGGAAAUCAAGUCUGCUUUGGAAUUAGAAAAGUUAUAUGCCAGCUCUUCUUACUUUGACUUCCUCAAGAUUAGAUCCUAUAGAAAGAGAUUAUUCUUGGUUUGUUUUACUGCUUUCAUCAUGCAAAUGUCUGGUAACGGUUUAGUGUCCUAUUAUCUUGUUAAGGUCUUGAGAAGUAUUGGUUAUGAGUCACCUACUGAACAAUUGAAGAUCAACGGUUGUUUACAAGUCUUCAACAUUGUAAUUUCCGUCGGUGCUGCUCUCCUUACCUACAGAUUCAAGAGAAGACACCAAUUCUUGGUUUGUAUUGCUGGUAUGCUUCUCUGUUACGUUAUUUGGACCGUUCUUUCUGCAAUUAACCAACAACGUAACUUCGAAGACAAGGGAUUGGGUAGAGGUAUUCUUGCCAUGAUCUUUUUGUUCUACUUCUCUUACGAUAUUGGUGCUAAUGGUUUGCCAUUCUUGUAUGCUACUGAAGUGUUGCCAUACUCCCACAGAGCUAAGGGUCUUAACUUGAUGUACUUCACCCAAUUGUGUACUCUUGUCUACAACGGUUACGUCAACCCAAUUGCCAUGGAUGCAAUCGAAUGGAAGUACUACAUUGUUUGGUGUUGUGUCUUGGCCUUCGAAUUGGUUAUUGUGUUCUUCUUCUACGUCGAAACCUUCGGUUACACCUUGGAAGAGGUUGCCGUUGUUUUCGGUGACGAUGCCGGUACCACAUUGCACAGACUUUCUUCUCCUGUUGAAAAAUCUGCUGUCGAACACUUGGAAGACGGCAACUCUUCAAACGAGAAGAUUGGUGAAAGAGUUUAAGAUAGCUGAACUUAUUCUAAUUCCAUAAUACUAUGAGUUUCAAUUCUUUAAUAUGCUGACAAAUCUGUCAUUAAUUGUUUUUUAACAACGGUAUAUAUGUUCUAAGCUUUAGUCAAUAAAUUAUACCUGAUUAU